CGGUCGGGUCCGCCAUGGCCGCGAACUGCGCGGGGGCCGCGGGGACGGCGGCGGCGGCCGUGGGCUCGGCCGUGGGCUCGGCCCUGAGCGCCAGCAAGACCAAGACCAAGAAGAAACAUUUCGUGUGUCAGAAGGUGAAGCUGUUCCGGGCCUCCGAGCCGCUGCUCAGCGUCCUGAUGUGGGGGGCGAACCACACGAUCAAUGAGCUCAGCAAUGUUCCCGUCCCCGUCAUGUUAAUGCCCGACGACUUUAAAGCCUACAGCAAGAUUAAGGUGGACAAUCAUCUCUUCAACAAGGAGAACCUGCCCAGCCGCUUCAAGUUCAAGGAGUAUUGUCCCCUGGUGUUCCGGAACCUGCGGGAGAGAUUCGGGAUCGACGACCAGGACUACCAGAACUCGGUGACGCGCAGCGCGCCGGUGAACAGCGACAGCCAGGGCCGCUGCGGCGCGCGCUUCCUCACCACCUACGACAGGCGGUUCGUCAUCAAGGCCGUGUCCAGCGAGGACGUGGCGGAGAUGCACAACAUCCUCAAGAAAUACCACCAGUUCAUCGUGGAGUGCCACGGGAACACGCUGCUGCCCCAGUUCCUGGGCAUGUACCGGCUGACCGUGGACGGCGUGGAGACCUACAUGGUGGUCACCAGGAACGUCUUCAGCCACAGGCUGACCGUGCACAGGAAAUACGACCUGAAGGGCUCAACAGUAUCCAGGGAAGCAAGUGAUAAAGAGAAGGCCAAGGAUCUGCCAACGUUCAAGGACAACGACUUCUUGAACGAGGGGCAGAAGCUGCACGUGGGGGAGGAGAGCAAGAAGAACUUCCUGGAGAAGCUGAAGCGGGAUGUGGAGUUCCUAGCCCAGCUGCGGAUCAUGGACUACAGCCUGCUGGUGGGCAUCCACGACGUGGACCGGGCCGAGCAGGAGGAGAUGGAGGUGGAGGAGCGGGCGGAGGAGGAGGAGUGUGAGAACGAUGGCCCCGGGGGGAACCCCCUGUGCUCCUACGGGACCCCCCCCGACAGCCCCGGCAACCUGCUCAGCUUCCCGCGCUUCUUCGGGCCCGGAGAGUUCGACCCCGCCGUGGACGUGUACGCCAUGAAGAGCCACGAGAGUGCCCCCAGGAAGGAGGUUUAUUUCAUGGCCAUCAUCGACAUCCUCACGCCCUACGACACCAAGAAGAAAGCUGCACACGCUGCCAAGACAGUGAAACACGGGGCCGGGGCCGAGAUCUCCACGGUGAACCCCGAGCAGUACUCGAAGCGUUUCAACGAGUUCAUCUCCAGCAUCCUGGCGUAGAGAGGAGCUGCAGGGCUGCAGGGCUGCAUGGCUGGACAGCACCGCUGCAGCAGCAGCAGCAGCAGCAGCAGCAGCAGCGGCACCUCGUGCCAAACCCAUCCUCACCCUCGCUGUGGCACCAGCGCCCGAAUCUCCGAGGGCUUUUUCCAGACGAGCCAAGCGCCUCCUUCCAGCCCUGCCCACGGUGCCCGGGGACGUUUUCUGCUCCUGCCGAGGGGGUGGCACGCAGCUGGCACUGUCCCCAAAGCAACACCACCCCCAAGGCUGGCACUGUCCCCCCAAAAGUGACACCACCCCCAGAAGGGUGACACCGGAGCAGUGCCUGACUCACCAACCACUCCUCGUUUUUUUUGUGCUGUUGUUGUUGUUUUUGUUUUAUCGGACUGGAUUCAUCCAGAAAAACAAUCAAAAAAAAAAAUACACAAAAAUCCCCUUUUUUUUAUUUCCCUCUCGCUAGGAAUUGGAAGGAAACCAGCUCAGCAUUUCAAGGAUGGGCAAACAGAACUCUGAUAAAAAAAGGAGGAGUUGCUGAAUUUUAGGUAAAUUCAGACUGGGACACUUUACUUUUUUUUUUUUUUUGGUUAAUUUAAGGAAUGGGGAAAAAAAAAAACAACGCAAACCACUUUUUUGUAACUGCACUCGAUUUACAAGAAAGAUGAGGGAAAUGAACAUCUACCAAAGAUGAUCUCUGAAAAAAUCAAAAGGUGGAACUCUUAAAAACUAAAAACAAGCAGAGAAAUGAGAGAGGCUCAGCUCCUGAUGUGCUCAGAGCUGGGCUGAUUUCACUCAGCCAGCCCUGAAAAUUUCCUAAAGAGAAAAGUUAAAAAAAAAAAAAUUAAAAAAAAAGGCAUUUUUGUACCUGUAGAUCAGAUUUGGAGCCAUUUCCUCAUCCAGGAGUGGCUCUGAGGUCACCACCAUCCUGCCAGUGUUAAUUAGCUAAUUAAUUAACCACUCAGUCUUCCUUCCUGCUGCAGCUCCUGACAGAGCUCGCUGGGUUGGUUUUUUGCUGUUUUAUUUUUUUAAAAAAAUGUGAUUUUGCACAGCCUGGCUGCCAGAGGGGGAGCGCUGAGAGCUGAGCUCAACCCCCCAGGAGUGAAAAUUAUGAAAUUUCCACCCAGAUUUCAUUUCCAGCCCCCCCUCCAAGGAUUUUAGGACUGCUUGAAAUGACUGAAAUCUCCUUUUUUUUAAAAUUUUAUUUUGUCUCCUUUAACCCUUUCACAGCCAAGCUGGGCAGCCUCGCCGUGGGUUUUGUUUUUUGUUUUUUAAUUUUAUUUUCAUUUCUCUUUCAAAGCAGGAUUUAAGAGUUUUGAACAAACCUCUUUGCAGUUGCUUCAUCUGCCUUGGAACUGUUUUUCACACUUGCCUUUGUUUGGGAAUGUCAGUCCUGUGCUGUGACACUUUUUUUGCUGUGUGGAAUUUUUUGGUCCUUUUUCAGACGUAAUUUGGUGCUUAUUCCCCUAAAUUAACGCUGCCUUUGGGCUGGAUUCUGAAUGGGGUUUUGGUUUUUGUUUUUUUUUAAAUUUUAUUUCCUUUUCAUCCCCUUCCUGAUGUGAAUCCCACCUCAGGAAAGGCUGGAAUUGAACCCCCGAGGGUGCACUGUAAAUAGAAUUAUGGAAAAAUUAAAAAUUAGGGGUUCUGAUGGGAUUUGGAGGGUUUUUGGUCCAAAUUUUAGUUCCCUCUUUGCUGUCUUAAGGUGUGGAGCUGAAAAAGCCACGACCCAAAUGCAGCUAAAAAAUACUUUAAAAAAAUCAAAAAUCAAAAUACUUCAAAAAUACUUUAAAAAGGACUUCAAGGGCAUCAUCAGCUUCGUUUUGUGGGCAUUAAAUUGGUUUUUUUCUCUCUUAAUAAGCACUUAAGUUUACUGCUGAUUAGGAAUUAAACACAAAUUACUUUUUAUUCCUGACAGUUUUUAAAAAACAAACAAACAAACAAACAAAAAAAAAAAUCUGCAUUGAAUCUGCAACUUUGACCUGGUAAGUUUGCCCUUCUCCUUUUGGGGGAAGUAGCUUGGAAUUUUUUAUUCUCUUGAAAUCAUCUAUUAAAAAAGAAAAAUUUAAAUUAAAUAAAUAAAGAGGAGAAGAAAGGGGGAGGAAGAGAGCAGGAGGUGGGUGAACCCCACAGAGCAAACCCAGAGAAAAGGGAGUGAAAAUGGCAAAAAAAAAACCCCAAAAAUCUCCUUUAUUGAAUUGCAGAAUAAUGAAUAAAGAAUCAAAAACCAGAAAUCCUAACAGAUCUGACAAAAACUGAGAGCAGGGAAAAUUUCCUUAUUCCAGACUCCUGCUGGGAUUAAAUUUGGGGUGAUCUGGGGGGGUCCCACAAAGAUUCUGCCCCUUCCUAUUAUGUUCGAAGUGAUUAAAUGUGAUUUUCUCACCUAAUAAUGUUUUACCCAGCUAUGUAACUUUGUUUAACAGAAGCAUUUUUGUAUAUUGUUUACAUUUGGAGAAGUAGCAUUUACCUUCCAAAUGCUCAUUUUUUGUUUCUAGACAGUAUUUUUUUCUUAACAGAACGAGAAGCUGCAAAUAUUUUGAUUUGUUUUUAAAAGGGACUUUUUCUUUCUGUUUGUUUUCUUUUUGUUUUGCUUUGUUUUGUUGGUUUUUUUUUCUUUAAAAUCUUGUUUUAGGUCACUUUUUUAACAUGAGUAUUUAAAAAAAAAAAAAAAAAAGGAAAACCCAGCCCUUUAAAUUCUGGUUUAACAACUGUUUGUGCUGGUUUGUUUGGUUCUGGUGUGGAUUUAAUUCUGAUUUUUGCUCUGUUCCUGUCCUUGGCA